AUGCCUUCAAAGGAUACAAUACAUUUAGAGAAAACUCAGGAAACCAAGAAAAUUGGAUCUACUAACGAAAAGGAAAAUUCGACAUCUAUUUACAAUUCAACUCUUGCAAUGCAAACGAACUCAGUAAAGGAAGGACAAAGAAAGGAAAUUUUACUCUUAUGUAGAGAAAUAAUGGUCUUCAAUCCUUUACUACCUCAACGACAUGAAAAGGCCUUGGCAUUAUUUGAUCUAGGAUCACAAUUAUCCUUUAUUUCAAAGGAAUUAUCGCAUUGGUUAGAAUUAACUGAAACGGAAGAGCAAAAUUUGAAGCUGGCUCCGUUUGGUUCAAAGAAACCUAGAUCAUGUCGUACUACUCUUACUCAGCUAAGUGUACAAACAAUAGGAAAGGAAAUCAUAACAUUGUACGCCAACGUAAUCGAAUAUUUGACUAAUAAAUUACGAGUUG